AUCGAGUUGACUGUUUACACCCCUUUUGAUUGUAAGUAUUCUUACCUCAGACAGUCUGGUUUCCUUCUCAGUAUCCUACCAAGCGAGCUUAGGAGAAACAGAAGAAUUCCUCGGAUGGAUAUUACGUCUUCUGUUAAGUCAGCUCCAGAUGGAGGAUAUGGCUGGUGUGUCUGUGCAGCAGCUUUUUCAGUACAAUUCGUCCUGGCUGGAAUACAGAACAGCUUUGGAAUUCUCCUUAUUUACAUCCUGGAUGAAUUUGGCAAUGGGAAGGGCACGUCAGCAUGGGUGGGUUCCAUUCACCUGUUCGCUCUGUACGCUGUGGCUCCGUUUGUUACCAUCGCUUGUGACAUCUGGGGUUGCCGUAUCACCGGAUUUGUUGGUGGUUUAGUCUGCGUGAUUGGUCUGGUGGCAUCGUCGUUCGUCACCCGGCUCUACCUGUUAUUUGUAACAUAUGGAGUGUUGUUCGGGAUCGGUGCUUCGUUGGCGUACAUCACAACUUUUAGGAUCAUCUCGCUCUGGUUCGACAGGAAAUUAGCACUGGCCAAUGGUAUAUGUAGUACUGGUGCAUAUUCCGGUACCAUUGCCCUUGGGCCAUUUCUUCAACGGAUGGUGAAACAAACGGGACUCUCCAGAACCUUUAUAAUUUUGGCGGGAAUCGUUGCUCUCACUGCAGUCUCUGCCCUUGCGUAUCGUCCCCCACCCAAACUAGUCAGUAUGGGCAAGAGAGACGUCCAGGUCAAGAAAAUAUUCGAUCUAACACUAUUAGAAGAUAAAUCUUUCCUAGUGUUUUUACUAGGGUUAGGAUUAUACGCCAGUGGCUGUUUCAUACCUGCUUCGUAUGUGCCCUCAUUUGCCAAGGAGUUAGGAGUGCCACCACACAAAGGGGCUCUUUUGCUUAUGGCCUGGUCAACAUCAUCAGGUGUUUUCUCCUUUUUGACUGGUAAACUUGCUGACAAGUUUUCACGCUACCGUGUGGAGAUUUUUCAAUGCGCUAUGGUCGGGGUCGCCAUAUCCACAUCUCUUUUGUCGGCAGCAUGGAGUUUCCAGAGUUUCAUGGGGAUGAUGGUAAUAUACGGGGCUUUCGAUAGUGGCUUUGUAUCACUAAAAGCAGUAGUUGCUGAAGACUUGGUUGGUAGUGACCAGGCCUCCAGGGGUGUUGGGAUCAUGUUCGCGGUGCUUGGUAUCGCUUAUUGCGCAGGAAUUCCUUUGGCUGGUUGGAUAUACGACUCUACAAAUUCAUAUCCUUGGAGUUUUGUUGCGGCGUCCGUUUUUAGCGCUACAGGCUGUAUCCUGCUUUUCCUCAUCCCACUGCUUCAGAAUCUAAAAAAUGUAGAUCAUGUCGGCCCCCUGAAAGGGAGGGAACUUCACUCAGACACAGAUAAACUCAAAUUCUUACCUACACCAUUAAUAAUUGAAAUAUCCUUUCAAAGUGUGGACAUAAGAACGUUACGAGAAACAUAUUUAUGAUGUUUUGUAUAGUCGACAUAAAUAAAGUGGAUGUUAAAGAGUGAAAUCAAAGUGCUCUGUGAGCAAACUCGUGAAUUGACACAUGAUUUUUUAGAUUAUGUUUAAUGUUAUCUGGUUUAGGGAAUUUUGUGGUUGAUUG